GGCAGUCCAGCUCCACAAUGAGGUUGACACAUUGAGCAAGCCCAACGGGUAUAAAACAAGGUUUCCCAUCAUUUCUUCUCCAUGUCUUCGCUCAAGCCAAUAAUUCUGUGGGGCAACAGCGCUCCCAACCCCGUGAAAAUACAGAUCAUCCUCGAGGAGCUCAACAUCCCUUACGAGGAGAAGACAGUCGACUUCUUGCAGGUGAAGCAAGAGCCCUACAUCAGCGUCAACCCGAACGGGAGGGUCCCAGCAAUCGAAGACCCGAAUACCGGGGUUACUCUGUGGGAGUCCGGUGCUAUCAUUGAAUAUCUCAUCGACACUUACGACAAAGAGCACAAGUUGAGCUAUGGUACCUCCCCUGAAAAGUACCUGAUUCAACAAUGGAUCGCUUUCCAGAUCUCAGGACAGGGACCUUACUACGGCCAAGCCGUAUGGUUCUCCACCCUCCACCCCGAGAAGAUUCAGUCCGCAAUUGAUCGGUACGUCAAGGAGAUCGAGCGCGUGCGCAGCGUCCUUGAGAAGCAUCUAUCCACGUCGCCAUCUGGGUGGCUCGUCGGUGAUAAAGUCACCGUGGCGGAUAUCGCCUGGGUCAUGUGGGAGCAUAUUGCACUUGUGCUUCUGAAAAUGCAGGGUAUUGAUCUGGAAGGGAAGUAUCCGCAUUAUGAGGCUUGGUACAAGAAGUUAUCAGAGAGGCCUGCUGUCCAGAAGGGCAUAGCUAUAAGGAUGAAGCAGAUGGCACAAAUGGAUGCUGUGAAGGCAGCAGAUGCCGCUAAGAAGGAGUAAGGCAUAUAGAGUGCAUAUAAGCUCUCUAAGCUAUCUCAAGUGGCGUUGGCUGUUAGUGAUAUAGAAGACCGGAAUUCUUGCAAGUUUGAAUAGAAACAAGUAGUUACAAUAGAUUUACUAUGUAUGGAGAAAAGAUACAACAGCG